AUAUCUGUCAACAUGGCUACUGAACAUGUUAAUGGGAAUGGUACUGAAGAGCCCAUGGACACUUCUGCUGCAGUUACCCAUUCUGAGCAUUUCCAGACAUUGCUUGAUGCUGGUUUACCACAGAAAGUUGCUGAAAAACUAGACGAAAUUUACGUUGCAGGGCUAGUUGCACACAGUGAUCUAGAUGAAAGAGCUAUUGAAGCUUUAAAGGAAUUUAAUGAAGAAGGUGCAUUGGCAGUGCUUCAACAGUUUAAAGACAGUGAUCUCUCACAUGUUCAGAACAAAAGUGCCUUUUUAUGUGGAGUCAUGAAGACAUACAGGCAGAGAGAGAAACAGGGGACUAAGGUGGCAGAUUCUAGCAAAGGACCAGAUGAGGCCAAAAUCAAGGCACUCUUGGAAAGAACAGGUUAUACUCUUGAUGUGACUACUGGACAGCGGAAGUAUGGUGGCCCUCCUCCAGAUUCUGUGUAUUCAGGGCAACAGCCUUCUGUUGGUACAGAGAUAUUUGUGGGCAAGAUUCCAAGAGACUUAUUUGAGGAUGAGCUUGUUCCAUUAUUUGAGAAAGCUGGGCCUAUCUGGGAUCUGCGCUUAAUGAUGGACCCACUGACUGGUCUAAAUAGAGGAUAUGCUUUUGUCACUUUCUGUACUAAAGAGGCAGCUCAAGAGGCUGUUAAACUGUACAAUAAUCAUGAAAUUCGUUCCGGGAAACACAUUGGUGUAUGCAUCUCUGUUGCCAAUAAUAGGCUUUUUGUUGGCUCUAUUCCUAAGAGUAAAACCAAGGAACAGAUUGUUGAAGAAUUUAGCAAAGUUACAGAGGGUCUGACGGAUGUCAUAUUGUACCAUCAACCUGAUGACAAGAAGAAAAACAGGGGUUUCUGUUUCCUUGAAUAUGAAGAUCAUAAAACUGCUGCUCAAGCCAGGCGCAGGUUAAUGAGUGGCAAAGUAAAAGUCUGGGGAAAUGUUGUUACAGUUGAAUGGGCUGAUCCUAUAGAAGAUCCAGAUCCUGAAGUCAUGGCAAAGGUGAAAGUACUUUUUGUACGUAACCUUGCCAAUACUGUAACGGAGGAGAUUCUAGAAAAGGCUUUCAGUCAAUUUGGAAAAUUAGAGCGAGUGAAGAAAUUAAAAGACUAUGCUUUCAUUCAUUUUGAUGAACGGGAUGGUGCUGUAAAGGCAAUGGAAGAAAUGAAUGGUAAAGAUUUAGAGGGAGAAAAUAUUGAAAUUGUUUUUGCUAAGCCACCAGAUCAAAAAAGGAAAGAACGGAAAGCUCAGAGACAAGCAGCUAAAAAUCAGAUGUAUGAUGAUUACUACUAUUACGGUCCACCUCAUAUGCCCCCUCCAACAAGAGGUCGAGGCCGAGGAGGUAGAGGUGGUUAUGGAUAUCCUCCUGACUACUAUGGAUAUGAAGAUUAUUAUGAUUAUUAUGGCUAUGACUACCAUAACUAUCGUGGUGGAUAUGAAGAUCCUUACUAUGGUUAUGAAGAUUUUCAAGUUGGAGCUAGAGGAAGGGGUGGUAGAGGAGCAAGGGGUGCUGCUCCAUCCAGAGGUCGCGGGGCUGCUCCUCCCCGUGGCAGAGCCGGUUAUGCACAGAGAGGUGGUCCUGGAUCAGCAAGAGGCGUUCGUGGUGCGAGAGGAGGUGCCCAGCAACAAAGAGGCCGCGGGGUACGUGGUGCGAGGGGUGGCCGCGGUGGAAAUGUAGGAGGAAAGCGCAAAGCUGAUGGGUACAACCAGCCAGAUUCCAAGCGGCGCCAGACCAAUAAUCAGAACUGGGGCUCCCAACCCAUUGCUCAGCAACCGCUCCAAGCAGGGAAAAGGGGUCGAGGCCGGUCCUGACCUGUUACAAUGAAGACUGACUUGCUAUGUGGGGAUUACACCAGAAGCUUGCAGUGGAGUAAUGGUAAGGAAAUCAAGCAACCUUAAGUAUAUCAGCUGUAUAGGAGCAUAUUCUAUUGCAGAAGACCUUCCUGCGAAGAUCAUGGAUUCAAAUAUGGGACAUUUGAACUAAUACUUGGACUUUGAUAUGAAUUUCUUUAACAGUUUUCUCUGCAGUGCAAGUUAUUAAACUAAAGCUACUCUAUUUCCCCAAUGUGUUCAACAAAAUCCUUAACUUCUAGCAUGGUAUCUUAAUAAAGAAUAAAGUUCUUCUCAUUAAAAAAAAUCUGCUUUAAGUAGAUUUUUCCCCCAGGUUUUCUUAAUUAAGGAUUCCAAGAGUGGUAUUUUUGAAUUCUUGCAUUGACAUUUUUAUUGCAGUGGUAUGGAUGAAUACCACCAUUGGUAUCCUUAAAUUUUAUUUCUGCUCAUGAAGGUUAAUCAUGAUUGUCUAUAUAGUAAUCACUUUUGAAUUGUGUUCAGAUACAGCAGUUUCAGGUGUAAUCAUCAGAGCUGGUUAGUCAGGCAUUCCAGAUAGUGGUUCUUUUCAGAACCUUUUUUAAAGGGUUGGUUAACUACCUCAGUAGCAGAGGAUUGAACUAUACCCUGUCUGUACUGUACAUAGAAAAUCUUUGUAGAUAAAAGCAAGGCUUGUUUAAUAUGAUAUGAGGGUAAGAUUAUAAUAUACCAAAUGUAACAUUCUUAGUUGCCUUUAGUUUCAGAGGCUUUGUAAGAGAUUUCCUCAUGACCAUCAUAACAGGCCUUGCUUUUGUCGUAUUUUGUGGCUGAAAAAGCAGCCUUGCUUCUUCAGAUAUUGUAGUUAUUUGGAUGUAUAAUAGUUUAGCAAGAUGUUACUUUUGUAAGACAUCAGAUGUUCAAAAAAAGUGCAUCAGCAACUUGUACUAAAUACUGCAGUGUCCCUUUAUAAAAGGUCAGACUAAAACUGACAAGUGUACAGUGAAGCCUGACAUUUGGAUAUUUUGAAGUUUUUCAUAAAUCAUAGAAUAGUAUAUGGCUGUAGGUUAGCUUUUUUUAGGUAAAAGGUUUGUUUUCAUUAGUGCAUUUCUUAUUGCUGAUCGCUGUAAAAACAUGUGGAUCAGCUUUCCAUUUCUCUUAUGCAGAUCAUGAUAACCUGUAGAGUAGAGUAGAGUACAAUCAUUUGUGCUAUGUUUUUAAUUUUCUAAAGCACCUUGAUGACAGUGAGUGUUCAGUGGUGAAGCAUCCUCUAUUGAAUCACCCUUCAAAAGAACUUGUCAAGUCCAAGCUCCGUAUACAUAAAAACAAGUGAAAUUACGAUUUUUAGUUUGGACUUGACACAAAGACCCUUAACCCCUUCCCAAAGGGAUACUGCAGUUAUACUACAUACCCAUAGGCACCACAAUUUAAAUUGAAGCUUAUACUGAAUUAAGGUUUUAUACACACCAGUUCUCCCCAGUAAAUGCAAAUUUUAACAAAAUUAGACAUGUCAUAUGUUGAAAAUGCUCAUGGCAAACAAUCAUUUUGCAUUCCUGCAAAUAAAAUUGUUUUAUACUGUAAGCUGGAGGCGAGUGUAACUUAUUUUUGUAAUAAAGUUUUUAUUUUUUUUAUGUGUCAUUAAUAUAAAUGUGUGUUAGUACAGAGAUCUUCUGGUUUAAAAACUUAGAACCACACACAUUUUGGUAUGUUUACUUGUAAUUACAUAAUUUUUAGAAUAGUGGUUGCCAAUAGCCUGUAUGUUCACAUUAAUUGAAUUUUCUGUUACCUUAAUAAACCAUUUUAGUAUGUUGUAUGUCAAUUACUGGGAUAGCUGGGACAUGAAGUGUAAUUUAAAAUUGUCAAGUAUUCAUUGGAAUAUGUAAAUAUGUGCCUUGCCAGUUAUGAACCUUAGAAAACCUAAGUGGAUGAUGGUGAAAUGAGACACUUGCUACCACAGUUUCAUAUACUGCCCGUGCUAAAGAAAUUUCUUCCUUUUUCUCACAUGUGAUCCUAAAAGUAUAAGAUUGCAUCAGCUUCUAAAACUUUAAAGUGAUAGAAUAUUAGGCUUAUGGAAAGUGGGUUUGCUAAAUGUAGCCUUAAGUUUUAAUUUUUGAAUUUUAAUGUAAUCCUUGGUGCUGGCGGUUCCUAGUGCCAAGGAGUUAAAUGCUCCCUUUAAAGAGGUUGCCAUGCCUACUGGCAUUUUUACUGUCAUAUGGUUUUAUAAGGAACACUGUCAAGGUGUUUAAACUGAAUCUGGGACUUGCUAUUUAAAGUUGUUAUAAACUAACUGGGGGCCAUGGAAGAAGGGGAGUCCUCCAAUUUUGAAAUCUCUCCAUUGCUUGAGAAAUGCUUUCAUGGAUUCAUAAGUGCCACUCUUACUCUGAAAAAAUUGAGCACUUAGUCUUAAAGCAACUGCAACAAUUGGCGCUGGUGCAUAAAAAUGUGACACUGAGGCAUGUAAGGUUGAAAUUGUGGACAAAUCCAUCAAUUUCAGCUCUGUUCAAAAUUCAGGGGGGGACAUACUGGCAAAUGUCAAUUGUUAGGAAAGUGUUUGUUUUUAUGGAAUGAAAGCAAUGGUGAGUAAAUAAAACUAUCAGGAUCUUGACAGUGUUCUUUUUAAUAAUUAUGAACUCAAGCCAUUAUAUCUUUUAAAAUUAAAUAUGAUUUGCACUGUU